CCAUCAUCAGGACUCUGCAUCGACGCGAUAGAAGGCGGACUCAGGUCUAACACGUUUUGUAUAUCCAUCGGACUGCUCAAUCAAUCUCCAUGCCUGUCGCUCACCUCGUGUCUUCUACCUUUUGCUGUGAGAAAGCGUGAGGGUAGAACUGCGAAGAUCUCUGCAUCAACGCAUUCCUUGCCAGCGAAGCCGGACGUCUUCAACAUUGACCUGACAUGUACCUCCUUGCCAGCACCAGAUUAACCAUGCUGAUGCAAGCCCGGCCUUCGAUUCUUCUAUCUCGUCACCUUGCGCUCACACGACGCCUGUGAACUGCCGACGAAGCCUCAUACUUAUAUACGAGCGACAAGGCCAAGAAUGACUGACGUACUGCCUCCCUCGCUCUGAGGAGUCGACGCUCGACGAUGAUUCUCACGACCUCCCUCCUUGCGGUAGCCCUCGCAGCCUCUGCCCGCGCCGUCAACUUCUCGGCUGUCGAGGGAUCCCCCGGACUAUCUGACAAUGGCACCUACGGACCCCCCAUAGAAAUUGUGCACCUUUUCCAGCACCCGCCCAUAGGCAUCACCAUCAGCAAAUCCGGACGCGCCUUCGUCACAUUCAACCGCGGCAACCUCACGGCGAACCCCAAAACGCUCGCCGAGGUCGUCAACUCCACCGCCGACGUCGCGUGGCCGAGCGCCGAGUUCAACGCGCCGCCCGACGGGCUCUUCAACCUCUCCUCGGGCAUCAACUACGGCUCGAGCGACUCGCAACACUUCCUCAAUGUCCAGGGCGCGAUCUUCGACGCGUACGAUCGGCUGUGGGUGCUGGACACGGGGCGCCCGGCGAGCGAUGGCGGGGACAACGCGCCGUCAUUUCCCGGUGGGCCGAAGCUCAUGGCGUUUAGUCUGGACGACGAGGGUAGCAGUAGUGCAUCUGCCAACGGAAGCACGACGGCGAAUGGCAGCACGGCGGCGAAUGGCACGACAUACGGCAACAGCACAGCAAGCAGCAAUAUCACGACCGGCGCGACGCCUUUCACGACUAUCACGUUCCCCAACACCGUCCUUCCUGCUACCGGGUACCUCAACGACUUCCGCAUCGACCUGAGGAAGGGCGACGCGGGCAUUGCAUACAUCGCGGAUAGCGGCUCACGCGGCAUCAUUGUCGCCGACCUCGCAUCCGGCGAAUCCUGGCGCCACCUCGACCUCGUCGCCAGCGUGCAGCCCAAGGCCGGCUUCCUACCGACGCUGUUCGGCAUCCCAACCUACCAGUCGUCCGCGGGUAGUCCUGCAUACAAGUACCCUGUUGCUGCGGGUGGGGGCAUUGAUGGCUUCACCCUCUCCGCCGACGGCGAGUACAUCUACUUCGCGUCCAUCUCCAGCCGCGACUUCUACCGCGUCCCGACGGCACCGCUGCUCGUGAACCCCUUGCACGACAGCACGGCGACCGUCAAGGCGGCGAACUCGGUGCAGUAUCUGGGGGAGCUCGGCGGCGCCGCAGACGGCCUCGAGUCCGACUCGACCGGCAAGGUCUACGUCACCUCACCCGAGCACAACGCGAUCAAUAUAUACAACCCGGACACGGGCCUCGUCGAGCCGUUCGUAAGAGAUCCGCGCCUGGCGUGGCCGGAUACGCUGGCCGUCGCCGACGACGGCUACCUCUACGUGACCCUCCCCCAGCUCUGGCUGAGCGCCGCGUUCCAGAACGGGACGGACAAGCGCCAGAAGCCGUUCGCGUUGGCGAGGGUGCCGAUCGAUGGGAAGCCGGUGAGGCUGGCCUAGGGGUGAAUACUGACGUUGGAGGACAUGGCGAGUAGGUGUUCGAUGAUAAUAGAGUUUUCUUGGAUCAAACAGAAACUUCCAGCUACGAGGGUCCAAACAGACGAAUGAACCAAGUCUGAUGAAUAUCUUGGAUCUAUGCACCGCGGUAUGCGACCGAGGAACAUACCAAUACUACUUGUGAAUGUUCAUAGUAGUCCCGCCCAACUUGACACUAGUAAUCCAAGAUCCAACCAAGUUUCUUGUACGCCAGUUGACCGUGAUACUGUGUUUUUAUCGCCCUUGACCGACACAGCUCUCUG